AGGGUCCACGAGGCUCUUGAAGUAACAGGAAGGGGGCUGGGCUUCUCUGACAAUGCUUCAAGCCAAUAAAGACUUUCGCAAUGCUAACUUUGACCUGCAGACUUUACACUCUGAGUGCAGGGUUUAGCACCGGCUGCUUGCAAGAGGACACAAAGCACAUGGUGACUUUAUUCUGAGCCGGUUCAUCAGCAGAGGAACUGACAUGAAGAAUGUACCGGAGGAGUGGAGGGAAAGACGGGAGGAGAAGAUGGGGGAGAUGUUAGUCCAGAGGAGAGGUGACUCAGAGUGCAGCGGUGAAGAGAUGAAGGGAGAGAAGAGGAUGAAUGCAGGGCCGGGUGGUGAAGAGACGCUGAUGAUGGAGCUGACGAGGCUGGUGCAGAAGAUGGUGAGAGAGAGCAGCUGGUGGGAGAGGAGGGGGAUCGAUUGCAGCAUCCUGGCAGCAGCAUUCCUCUGCCUGCCUCCCGCCUUCCUGCUGCUGUCCUCCUCUCAGAUCCUGUGGUUUUCAGCGGGUCUGCUGCUGAUGGGCGUAGCUCACGCUGUCAUCACCGUCAAAGGGACACAUCUGGCCAGCCACGGGGCGCUGAGCGAGUCGCAGGCCUGGGGCAAGUUCUGGGCCAUCUUCUUCAUCGAGAUCUGCGGCUCGUUCUCAGCGCGAGCCGGCGUGCAGGGUCACAUCAAGAUGCAUCAUGCUCACACUAAUGUCAUUGGCCUUGGUGACUCCAGCGUGUGGAAGGUCCCCUGCCUGCCUCGUACCAUCUACCUGUUCCUCGCUCCCCUGGCUGUGCCGAUCAUCACUCCACUUGUUGCACUCGCUCAGCUCAAAGGACACUCUUUGGUCCACAUCCUCAGGACCAUGCUGAUGGUUACACUGGGCCUGUAUUCACAGUACUGGCUGCUGAUCCACGUCUCCGGCUUCACGUCGCCUCUCAGCGCUUUGCUCUGUAUGCUCGUCUGCAGAGCAAUGUUCUCUGUGCCAUAUAUCCACGUCAACAUUUUCCAGCACAUCGGCCUCCCCAUGUUCUCUCCGACCCGUCGUCCAAAGAGGAUCUACCAGAUGACCCACGGAGUCCUGAACCUGCCCCGUAACCCUCUGCUGGACUGGACCUUUGGACACUCGCUUAUCAACUGUCACGUGGAGCACCAUCUCUUCCCCUUCCUGUCUGAUAACAUGUGUCUGAAGGUGAAGCCUGUUGUGUCCAAGUAUCUGACUGAAAAACAGCUUCCAUACCAGGAGGACAGCUACCUCUCUCGCCUGGACCUCUUCUUCCACAAGUACCAGGAACUGAUGGUAUUUGCCCCCCCGAUCACAGAGCUGGUUGGGGUGCAGUGACGAGGAUGAGCCGUUCAGACUAAUAACUGCUGCUGUUCACAAGCACAAGCUUCAGUGUUUAGGUGCAUUUCUGUGCUGACAUGCUACGACCUCCACAGUCCAGGUUUGAUCAGCCUCUAUCAUACAUGUCAGACUUUGAAUCAAUACACUGACACACUAAAGAUUCCUGUAGUUUGCUUUGACAGUAGGAGUUAAAUUAACUUCAUGAUUAAUUUUAUUAUAUCAACCAAACAGAUAAGCACAAAGAUAAACAAUCGAUCGCAGCUCUAAUUACAGCUCUUUAAACUGACCUGAGGUCUGUCUCAUGAAGCGUGUUCAACUUUAACCUCUGUCUGUGGUUCCUGGCAGUUACAAACUGGCUCCUGUAACUCUGUGUUUAACAGUAACACACAACAUCAACAGAUUCAGAGGAUCAGAUUCAGUGAGAUACAGAGAAAGAGCUGGUUCCCACUCAGGACAGUUUCUGGACGUCUUGGAGCCUCAGACUGAGACGGAUCUUUUCAUUCUAACAUGUUUUAACCAUGACAAUAAUUUUAUAGUGUUUUGUUUAAACUAAGCUUUGUUCAGCUUUGUCUCAGUCUAUCAACUGAAGUAUCUCUGCAUGAACACCGGCCUCAGCUGUGACUUAUCCUGGUUUUUGAUCACAUUCAGAUACAGAUGGAGCAUAAAUAACAUCAGGUUUCAGCUCAUCUGUCCGGCCUGUCAGGCUCUCACAGUCUACGGCAUCGUUUACGGCUCCUGACCACAUGUGAUCCAAAAUUCAUUUUAGUUCUAUUACUGAUUAUUUCUGUGCCACAUGGUACAACGUGCAGUCCUCUCUGUGUGGAUGUUAUACGUCCGUACAGAGAGGAUGUCAGUGUGGAUCUGCUGCACGAAGGAUUCAUACAGACACUCAUUAACCUGGUUCACCUGCUGAACUGUCUCUGCUGUUAAAUGAAACUACUGAUCAAUUUAACUACUCACUGAUGUUCAUUUAUGAUAUUUACUUUGUGGCUCUGCUGUCACUUGUUCACAGCGCUGUGCCUUCGGUCUGUAACAGUAUCUGGGGAAAACCUGCUCUCUGCGGGUCUGGCCUGCAGCAGUAGUUGCCUUGGUAACCGGUAACUAACGCUGCGGCUGGUUAAUCCACACAACCUGCUUUGUGAGACGGGCCCCUGUUUUCCUGUAGUGACAGAUGGACACAGUGUUGAAUCUGACGUGUCCUCACUCAAAAGCACGUCCUUGGCUGCACUGUAGUCACAGUUCAUCAGGGCAAAGGUUUUUUAAUGAUAAUAAUUGUAACAUUCAUUUUCAUCAGCAUUGUUUUAUUGCCUUUAUGGACACACUGUCUCAUAUAACCCAGUCUCCAAACAUCUGUCCACAGUCAGCUGGCCUUUGAGUGACAUUGUGAUUGAAUAAAUUGUGUAGUUAUACACAUUAAUUUAAACUAUCUGUAAUUUAAUUGAAACCUGUCGAUGGUUAUGAUUGAAACUGACUUAAUCACACAAAGUAAAAUUUACAAACUCCUGCUCACAUAUUUAAGAAUUAAAACAAUUUAUCAUAUUUGUUUUUUUGACAUAAAAACAUGUACAAAUGUUCUAUAAAUAUAAAAGCUGUAAUGGUGCUACAUUAUUUUUAGCCACUUGGGGGCAG